CUUUUGGGUUAAAAACGGGUCGGGUCCAACCAGGAAAAAACUGUAUGGGUUAAGGGUUUUGUGAUUUCAAGGGGAGGGGUUUCUCUCAAUUGAUUUGCUUUGCUUUUACAACAGCCGCUGCCUUUCUUCUCUGUAGAGGAAGAAAGAUCCAGUUUUGGGCUUCGAAUUUGUAUCAGCUGUGUCUGGUUAACAAUCCGUAGCCAACACCAGCAAAAAUGGCAGCCUUUGUUCCUCCAUCUCCUGCCGCGGCGACGACCCCACCGGCGGCCGGUUCAACCCCGACCGCCACCGAGAAGCCAAAAGUGGACUACUUGAAUCUCCCCUGCCCCAUUGCGUACGAAGAAAUCCACCGCGAUGCCCUCAUGUCCCUGAAGCCAGAUCUCUUUGAGGGAAUGCGAUUUGACUUUACCAAAGGACUCAAUCAGAAGUUUUCUCUGAGCCAUAGUUUGAUGAUGGGGCCAACAGAGAUUCCAUCUCAGUCAUCUGAAACAAUUAAAAUCCCCACUGCUCAGUAUGAGUUUGGUGCUAACUUUUUAGACCCUAAGUUAGUACUUAUGGGGAGAGUGAUGACGGACGGGAGAUUAACCGCAAGAAUGAAGUGUGAUUUGACUGAUAAUCUUGCUCUGAGGGCCAAUGCUCAACUUACAAAUGAGCCACAUAUGUCACAAGGCAUGUUCAAUUUUGAUUAUAAGGGAUCAGACUAUAGGACUCAGUUUCAACUAGGAAACGGUGCUUUACUUGGUGCAAGUUACAUCCAGAGUGUGACUCCUCAUUUGUCAUUGGGUGGUGAAAUAUUCUGGGCUGGUCAACAUCGGAAAUCUGGCCUCGGUUAUGCUGCUCGUUACAGCACUGACAAGAUGGUUGCAGCCGGUCAAGUUGCUAGCACUGGUAUGGUUGCUCUAAGCUAUGUACAGAAAGUGUCUGAAAAGGUUUCUCUAGCGUCAGAUUUUAUGUACAACGCAAUGUCUAGAGAUGUCACGGCCAGCUUUGGAUAUGAUUAUAUUCUACGCCAGUGUCGAUUAAGAGGAAAGAUAGAUUCCAACGGUGUUGUGGCUGCUUUUCUGGAGGAGCGUUUUAAUAUGGGACUCAAUUUUAUUCUUUCGGCUGAGAUUGAUCAUAAGAAGAAGGAUUACAAGUUUGGAUUUGGACUGACAGUCGGAGAAUAGAAUUAGACGGGCUUUCCAUUUCAGCUGGUUGUUGCAAGCAUCGUUCGAGUUUGUUAGAUUUUUCUCAUUAUCGUUUGAUUCUUGUAUCUGCUGAAUAGCAUUACUCGUCUAUACGGGAAUCAGAUUGGUUUUUUAGUAAAUUUUGCAGGUUUGGUGAGAUCUUUGAUUGAUUCUCCAAAAUGCGUUUACCUGUCCUUACAUUUGAUCGACUCUUUGUUGGUUCGAUUAUUUUUGUGUUUUUUAGAUAAUAAUUACUCAUUUCCAAAUCAACAUGGAGAAGGAGAAAGUAUGUUGCCCUUAUUGUUUAAUUGUUAUUUUUGGAAGACAUUUUUUUUUUUUUUUUG